UCGCACCCGCUGGACGACACAACACGAAAGGUAGCUGCGCGCGCGCAUCAACACCCCAGCCCACCGCGGUUUAAUUUCCGGCUUGGCCCCGACACUAUUUAGCAUCGCUUGAUAGUCCACUCCACUCCCUCCGUCCUACGCUCCGCUCGCUCUGCGCCGAUCCAUCCACCUCUCCCCCCUUCUCAUUUAAACGCGCACCCACGCUGAACACACAGCCUCACUGCCCUGCCGCCGGCCACUUCUUCUUCUUCGAUCGCUUUCGCACGGGAUGGCGGCGAGAGGCGUGCAGGCGCCGGCGCCGCGACGGCCGGUGACGCUGCGGGACUUCCUGGAGCUCGGCUGCGACUCCAGCAGCGACGGCUUCCGCUCCUACCCGCGCCGCCUGCUGCCCCUCCCUCCCGACGCCGUGCUGCACCUGCAGCAGCAGCAGGCGCCCCCGACCCCGCGGGCGGAGGCCGCGGCCGCCCAGCGGCUGCUCAGGCGGAGCUCGUCCUCGCUCGCGCUCGCGCUCUUCUCCUCCUCCCUCCCCGGCUCCGGCUCCGGCUCCGGCCCAGCUGGCGCGCUCGCCAGGAUCUCCAGCAUCUCCAGGAGCUUCUCGCGGCGGAUCAAGGAAGGCUUCUGGAGGCGCCGCGACGAGGACGAGGGCGACGGCGACGGCGACGACGACUACGACGGCGACUACUUCGACGACCGGGACUCGUGCGGCUUCCCCUCGCCUCUCGUCAGCAGCUGCUCCGCCUCCGACUCGGACGAGUCCGAGGCGGACGUGACGACGGCGCCCGAGCGCAACAAAGCCACCGCUUCCUCCUCUACGUCGCCGUCGCCCUCCCCAAGCUCGGCGGACCACGACCGCACGCGCACGGACGCCGCCGUUGCUGACGGGGACAAGGCGGAGACGGCGGCGGUAGAGGACGGCGACUCGACGACGGGUGCGCCCAGCACGGUGGGGGACAAGCAGCAACAGCUCAGCCCCGUGUCCGUUCUGGAUUUCGCCUUCGAUGACAACGACGGCGAGGAGGAAGGGAGCGACGCCGGCACCAGCUGCUCCUGCUCCUCCCCCGCCUUCCAGUUCCAGCGCUGCACGCCGCCGGCGGUGGACCUCCACGGGACGAAGCCGCAGGCGCAGCUGCUGCACAAGAUCAGACGGUACGACGGCGUUGCGCAGGGAAUCGACCCCGUGGACCUCGACGCGCGGUUCACGGCGGCCACCUCGGAGUCCGGGGAGUCCGCCGACGCCAGCACGCGUCUCGCAACCACCACCAGCAGCUCGAGCACGGACACCAGCAGCAGCAGCAGCAGCAGCGCGGAGACAACGGCGCCACAGCACGACGACGAGGAGGCGGAGCACCAGAGCGCCGAGCGCGCGCUCUCGCCCUCGCCCUCGCUCCACUACCAGGCAGACCAAGAAGAGCCCGACGACGAGUACCGCCUGCUCGCGCGGCUGCUGGAGCACGACGCGGCGGCGGCGGAGUGCCUGGACGACGAGGUCGCACGGGUGCUCGUCCUCGACUUCUUCGCGGAGGGCGCCGACCGUCGUCUCACCCGUUCGGCGGCGGCCGGCGGCAGGCCGCUGCACGACGACCGAAGCGAGUCGCUGCUAGUGAGGGCCGCCGCCGCGUGGCUGCGUGGCGCGGGGCCGCGGUGGGGCAUAGGGGACGUGGCGCGCUCCGGAAAGGCGGCGCUGGACGACAUGGAGCGCAGCCGGCGGUGGAUGUGCGUGGGCGAGGAGGAGUGCGACGUCGCCGCGGACGUGGAGUGCGACGCGGUCGACGCCCUCGUGGACGAGCUGGUCACCGAGCUAGCCAUCGUGCUGCCCCGGUGGCCGCGCUGUGACGUGGCCGUCGAUGAUGAUAAUGUGCUCGUUGACUGAGUACGUGUUGACGUCACAAUUCAAUGACCUCGCCGGCGAGGUCCAGCGCCAGCAGGCAGUCGUUCAUACCAUACAUACGCUGCCUCCGUUCACAAAUAUAUGUGAACAUAUGAUAUUGUUAAUUUUUUCGAAAAAAAUUGAUCACUCGUAUUAUUCAAAA